AUGGCUCAGCCCCCUCCCCUCCCUCCCCGAAAGCCCUCGCAGGCACCUCUCGAAUCGUCCUCGUCAAUAUCCCUGGCAGCGCCAGCUAUGCCAAGAACACCCCCACCCUUGCCACCCAGGACGCCCAAGUCGAAAGUGGUCCCAGAGCCUAUCGUGGUCCCUCCACGAGAGGUGGUUCCUUCAUUGCAAACGCCUCCAAGCCAGUCGGGGGAUACAGGAGUUACUGUCGCUGUCACUCCUGCUACUCCCAAGGAAGAGAGGGGUGAGCCUGUUUGGGCCUCCCCAGCCUCAACAGGAGCUACGAGUGCCUCCUCGCAGGAACCUCACAGGGUCUUAGGUCCAGGACCAUCGUCUUCUGGCUCUUAUCCAGCUGCGCAGACCGCCGAGCAUCUGCAGUCGGCUGCCGCAUCUUCAUACGAAAAGGCAUACUCUUCGGUACCCAAGCCGGCUCUUCAUACUGUCACCCCCAACAUACCUCCAUUAUCAACUCAGCAAUGGGUCACAUUCACAUCCAUCUUGGUAACUCUAGCAUACUCUCGCCUUUCUCUCUUAUAUCUGCUGGUCUUGGCUGCUGGUGGAUACUAUGGGCUUGCCACGGUCCACGCUCAGACACGAACAAAUGCUCCGACUUCCGAGAACAUUGUAACGCAAAAGGAAAAGACAAUGGGGAGUGGAGAUGGAGCAGAAGCUGUGGGAUGGGUCAAUCAUGCGCUCUAUGCGCUAUUCCCAUUGAUAUCCACGGACGUCUUGACGCCUUUUGUGGACCUAAUGGAAGAUGCGCUAUCGGAAGAAGUUCCCGCUAUCAUUACUAGUGUUCGUCUGGACUCUCCCGCUCUCGGCUCGCAACCCCUCGUUUUGACUUCCAUGCGACCCCUGUCAGACCAAGAAUGGUUCGCAUCUCUAUCCCAAGAAGAUAAUCCUUCCCAGGAUCAUGGGUCACCUCGUGUCGGAAAGGGACGCCGUCGAGCUCAAUCAUCCACCAGCAAAACGCCUCUGACCCCUGGGUCGAGGCCGGGCAUGUUCCGCAGCAGGUCCCCUUCAAACGCUUCCUCGCCCGCCGAAAGUCUCUCAAAGACAUGGUCUUCAUCAGAUGUAAAGAUCAAUGACGAUCUGCUAGGCAACGUCCGUUCUCGACGUUUGCGCGACCGUCUCUUGCACAAGAUCACCCACCGGGUCCCCAAUCAAUAUUCUCCCAGCGACGGAGGUAGUCUCAGCUCGCCCACCUCUCGGGGAGACGAUCCGGACGUAGAAAAGGACAAGGAAGAUGGGACGCGCAAGAGGGGUGGAUGGAGGGACGAAGUCGAAGAGGAUGACCCGGAUGCGGGACAGUAUGUCAACUACCAGAUUGGUUUUGAAUACAAGAGAAGUGAGGAGGCAAUGCAGAAGGGCAAGGGGCUGCACUGCCUGGCUUUCAUGGGUAUAGGGCUGAAAGGCGUUGCCAGCGCUGAAGUCCCAGUAUACAUUGACGUCCUGUAUGUCAAAGGUACAAUCAAUGUUCGACUUUUGCUCUCACCCACUCCUCCAUUCGUCAAGCUCGGCACUUUCUCCCUGCCGACCUUGCCCGAAUUCGACAUUGCUGCUAAUCCCCUCAAAAAAGGAAGCUUCAAUGCCAUGGAUCUCCCUCUGAUGAAGACAUAUGUCAAAACAUCAUUCGCCUCUGUCCUCUCCUCCUUCCUUGGCCCAUCCACCUACACCCUCGACCUCGAUCGCCUUCUCCUUGCUUCCGCCCCCUCAUCUCUUCGACUCGAAUCUGUUGGAUGUCUCCACAUCAUACUCCACAGUGCCACCGACCUGCCCAAAGCUGAUACAAUGGGAAGUUGUGACCCCUAUCUAGAAGUGGGCUUUGAAAAGUCGAGGAAGCCAGUAUUCAGCACGAGGACCAUUGGUAAUACGAUGGAUCCUGUCUGGGAAGAAGAAUGUUUCGUCUUGGUAACGACAGACGCGAUUGAAUCGGGCGAGAUUCUUCGUAUCCGCUCAAACGAUGCCGACCGAUUCUCGGCUGACGACACCCUCGGUGCCGUUCUCAUCGACCUUGCCUCCCUCAUUGCAUGCAGUUCCAGCAACGGCGGCGGCUUGCAAAAAAGGUCUGACCCCUUCAUAGCCGACCGCCCGGGUAUGCGCGCGUCGGGGACUUUAAAUUGGUCGGUAGAGUUUUGUCCUCUGUGGCAAAUGCCUCCAGAAGAGGCAAGUGAAAGGUUGAACGCCUCGGGUCAACCGAUUACGACACCUCAAGGGCCGGAGCCGUCGUGGCUGACCUGGGUCAAGUCGUUGCUUCCUGGGGACGAGACUGACGACGAGUGGUUGAAGAACCGGAAAAGGAGGAGAGAAGACGCAAAGGCGUGGAUUGCGGGCAAGAAGGAACGGGAGGUCUUGGAAGCCGAGGUUGGGGCGAGCGAGACUAGACUGGCCGGGAUCUUGCGGUUCCAUAUCCAUCAGUGCUUGGACCUCGAGAUCGAGCCCACCUCCGGGACAUAUAGUUCCCAACCGCUGUCACCCGGGGGCGGGCCUCCAGCCCUGGCACAUAUAACCGACCGCACCUCUACGGAGAAUGCGGACCCUCCCUCGGCCUAUUGUGAGGUGUAUCUGAACGAUAAAAUGGUAUUCAAGACCCGUACCAAAGGGGUGACACCGAUGCCAUAUUUCAAUGCUGUGAGCGAGAGGUUUGUAAGGGACUGGACCAAGGGCAAGAUUGUUGUCGUUGUCAGAGACGAGAGGGAUAGGGAACACGCAACAGAUCCCAUUCUUGGACUCGUCGAGCUUGAUCUGCAGACUAUCCUCUCCAAGACUUCCAACAUCACCCGAUGGUUUCCUCUCAACGGUGGCCUGGGCUGGGGCCGUAUCCGACUUUCUCUCCUGUGGAAGUCUCUCGACUUGUCACUCCCAAGAGGUAUCUCGGGGUACGAAGUUAGCACUGUCCAGAUCAAGUCCCUUGCCUUCACGCCUGUUGACGGAAGCGACGAGGAAGGAAAAAAGACCAUGCGGGCGGUGGUCAGGACCGAUAGUGAUCAGCGCGUCGUCGACCUGACACCUGGUCCUGCACAUCGUGAUCCAGGUGAGGAACUGCCAACGUCUCCCACCAUAUCUCGAUCGUUCUCUUCCCUUGCCCCUUCCAAUCUCACAUUCACCUUGCCUCCCAAACAUCACCCCACCUUGGCAGUCAUGUACCGCCACUCCUCAUCGAUACAUGUCUCUAUCCUCGCUCCUCGGUCAAAGAGCAGAGUCGGACUUCGGAAGAGACUGGGAGCCGGGGUGAUCAGACUCGGGGGUGUCGUCGAUGGUGAGGGUCGAAGACGAGUGGGCGUGUGGCAAGGGGGAGGCGAUGGCGGCCGAGAAGAAGAGGACGAGUCAGACUACGACUCUGACGCAAGUGGCGACCACUCUCAAGUCACUUCUCCCAACAAAAGCUACGCCUCCAUAUCACUGCACAAGACACAGUCGCUUUCCCGCAUCAAAACGCACAUGCCCAAGCGCUCCUCUAUAUCUUCUAGACGUUCAAGUCGCAAGCUUCUGGGCUAUUUGGAUAUCGAUUGGUUGCUUGUUCCUGGGAUCAGCCGGGCGCACAAGAGAAUUGCCAAGAAAGAUCUGCGCUUUGGUAAAGUUUUCGAGGCAUGGGAAGCAGGAAGAGAUCUGGAGAGGGAUCUUUCGAUAUCGAGUCAUAUAGAGGAAGACGACGAGGAAGACGACUACGAGAGUGAUGAGGAAGAUACCGAGGGAGCGGGCAAUAGCAAAGGAACUGUCAGCUUGGAUAUUUUGGACAACCAAUUGGGGGAGAUGUCUGAUAGGCGAACUCAUUCCCAUGCUCUUCAUAAGCGCCACAAGGGCGUCUUCCAACUCAAGGUAGCCCGCACCGGUCGAUAUGUCAAAGACAAGAUCAGCUCCACAGUCUACAGUGCUACCAACGGGGGUAAUUCGGAUUUGAGGGCAGGGUAUGGGCGGGCGAGAGGCUCGGAUAUAGUCGUAGAGAAAGAGGGGCUGUCGACCCAGACAAUUGCUGGCAUCUUAGGGUGGGUCUCUGGUAACACCUUUGGCGCUGUGACGUUGACUUCUUACAGAGGUUUCUGGUUCUCAUAUGCUUGCUUUUUGAUACCGCAAUUCGAGGUCGAAGCUUCGUACGCUGCCGAUCAUCAAGAGCGCUUGAAUGCCGAUGGUCUAUACAUCUGCUGUUGGGACAUCAUCACUUUCAUAUUUCUCGUCGCCGCCCAUCGCUCCUCUGUGGCCAUGAUCCUCUUGCUCGUCACUCUGGACCUCAACUUUUGGCUUACGUGA